CAACCUCCUCACGUACCCACUGUUCCACAUCCACCCCUCCGUGUACACAACACCAGUGACCAACUCGCCUCACAGAACAAUCUUCGAUAGGACCUUCCAAGGCGACUUUCGCACAGUCUUCGGCCCAAUAGCAGCGACGUCGCGCUUCUCGCGUCUCACAUCCCUUUGAAAAAGUCAAUGCGAACCCAGAAGACUCUACAGACCAUGGAACAUCAGCUCUAGUACUUCAGUAUAUGUUACGCUGAUCAUAAGCUGGACAGCCAAAUGGGUCAAACCCGAUCACCGAGCCGAACCGAGGGCAAAGACUUCAUACUCCAGCUUCCAAACGAGCUUCUUGUUGAAAUUUUCAUCCUGAGCAUCCUGGGAGCAGCCAAUUACUGGGGUUUCUUUUCGGAAACCUGCUAUCCGGCUUGGCAGAAGUUGUCGGGGGUCUGUACGCGUUUCAGCGCGAUCGCGAAAGACUUGCUCUACAAGAACGUGUCAUUAUACCCAGCAUAUGAUCCUUACAUGAUACCACCCUGCCGAGAUGUAAACCUUCUUCGACAACGCUUAUGCGAGAAUCCUGAGCUCGCUUUGCUUUGCAGAACCCUCGAGAUUUAUGUUAUUGACGAUGGCGAUGAAGCCUGCGUCCCUCCCCAUACAGAUGCCGGCCUUCUUAUGAGCUUCAAGAAUGCGCGGAGAGCCAUCCUGCACGGCACUCCUGAAUUCUCGGCAAGAGGUAUAGAUAUGCUGCCUGAGACGUUGCAUGCGUUCCCGGCACUCACCGAGCUAGUGCUGCUUGGCAUCAAUAUCAAUGACUUACUCAUCCUGGAUCUUCCGCACCUUCGCACUUUGAGAGUCCCCGGACCUAUACGUAGGUUUAAGCGCAUCAAAUCCGGGCUUCCUGGCGCUUCUUACAGUCGGGGCUCCUCUUCAAUUACUACGCUUGAGUUGCCCUUGCAGAAAGACAAGUUCGACAGUAUCGCCGAACUUGCGAGGUGGCCCAAAGCUCUUGAGCAUCUCGACUUUUACAACCGCGACGAUCUGCAGCGUCGUAACAUGGAUUGGUCUCAGCGGGAUAUGGAUCGACUGCAAACCAUAUUAGACACCCAACGCUUAUCGCUGAAAAGCCUCCGUAUCGGAAUAAACAAAGGAAGCUGCGUCUACGGCAUCCAGGACACGACGGGCAUUAGUUUCAAUUUGGAUUUUAGCAAAUUUCCGGCCCUCGAAAAGAUCCGCUUUGCCCCAUGGUCGUCGAGCACACCUAGCAAUCUCUCUUUACCUCCAUUACUACAUAACUCACCUGGACACUCACCAGAGAUUGCAUGGAUGCGCACGAAGUGGGAGAAAGAGGUUGAGAGUCGGGAGUGGACUCGACCCUGAUGCGGACGAUAGACUUAAAAGCAUGCAAUGCGACUUGUGUGCGAUGAAAUUGGAGAUUAGUUGAUUGCGGUUAUACAAGAAUUGCGCGCGGGCCCACGAUCACGAGUUCCAUAACGGAACGUGUUUGAUGAUGCAAAUAGUCACUUACUAUGAAGUGUUGCACGGCGAUAAGCUAGUAAUACUCAAAUGACAGAGACGCUCACAGCCUCGACUUCCCACC